GCACGAACGACCAUUUCCAUGGCCCACACUCGUUCUAGCAUCCUUUUACAUUCGAUAACUACCGAGAUCCCGAAAGUACAUGUCGUCGAAGCGCACCAAACGAGGUGUCUGUCCAUUUGCUGACACGACGGUGUCUCCUGCCGUGGCGGGAGUGUGUCCCUACCACGCCCACGCAGCGCUCCCACCGCCCACCAUCAAAAAAGAAGUACGCUUCGAAUCCAAAAGCGGACGCUACGUCACAUCCGAGAAGACGACGCGGCUGCUUGCCGACAUUGGCGGCGCCGACACGGUGCGCAUCUUUUGCACGCGCUUUUACGCGCGCUUCCUUGCCGACACGCACUUGCGGCCGUUUUCGUUCUUGGACGACGGUGCCGUCAUGCACGCGGACCGCCUCGCAACCUUCCUCGUGCAAGAAAUGGGCGGCGACGUGCCCGUGCCGUCCCCGUCGUUUGGCGCCGCACACUACAAGGCGCGCUACUCGUCCAAGCGGCACCCGUCUGUGCGCGGUCGGCCAUUUAGCCUCGUGGAUGCUCGCAUUUGGAUGCGCUUGCACUUUUGGGCCGUGCGCGAGUGCGGUUUGCAGCGCCACCGGGCAUUCUGGAAGUGGUACGUGGCGUUCAUUGGGCACCACAUUCGCCUCUAUGAAAAGACGUCGGCGGCGUUUGCCAAGGACGACGCCGAGUGGUCCUCGGACACGAGCGCUAUCGAUGCAUACCUCGCCAACGGCAACGUCAUGACGGACCUCGUCGUGUAGCCAAAGAAACGACGACGGUAGUGCAGUAGCCCAAUAAAAUUGAAAGAAAGUUGAUACUUUGUGGUACGCUCCACACGUCAC